GUGCUGACUGUGACACACCUCAGCUGACUGCACAUCACACUGGCCACGAUGUCUCCUAAUGAAACCAUCGUUUUCUUUGACCUGCAGACCACUGGAUUUGGUAAGCAGUGUCACAUCAUCCAGUUGUCUGCUGUCUGUGGAGAGAGGAAAUUUAAGAAAUUCAUCCUCCCCAGGUGCCCCAUCGAUGAGAGAGCCACAGAGCUGACAGGUUUCACCAUCAGUGAUGGCCGCCUGUUUCUCAACGGGAGACCUGUCAAUACCGUCGCCGUAUUUUAUGCUCUUACCUCCUUCAUCAACUUCCUGCGCUCCUGUCGCAGUGGCCAUCCUCGCCGUCCCGUGCUGCUGGCGGCCCACAAUGCAAAGCGGUUUGGUGCACCCAUACUCACCAGAUUGCUGCUAAAAUUCUCCCUCUGGCAUCAGUUCAAGCGGGUGGUGUCUGGGUUUGUGGAUACACUCCCACUAAGCAAGGAGCUCUAUCCUGAUCUGCCCAAUCAUCAGCAUGACACUCUGGUCAAGCACUGCCUGGGAGAAGACUACAUUAUCCCUAGGCCGAAGGAAGCCAGGACACUGCAGGACCUGUUCAAUUCAUGGAUUCAAAAGUUUGGAUGUCUUGAUAGAUACCUGCAUGACCCCAAAAUCUUUCAAGAGCUUCAAAAAAAUGGCCACAAAAACAAAAUACUCCAUUGAAACACUGACCUUUACUUUACUCUGAGUUUUGUUCUCAUCAUGUUCUCUCUGGUUGUUGAACAGAUAUUUUGAACAUUUAGAAAAAAAUGAAAUGACAGGUUGAAUUUCUUGUGAUCGGAAAAAAAAUAAUGCAGGUUACAUCCCAAUCUCUAUAGCCCUUUUUACACAGAGGUCACACUAUAGAGCUGCUACGAAGUCCAUUCUUUAUGCUGCUUUUGCAUUUUUACACAAAACUGCAGCUACAUCAGUGUGUAAUUUUAGACAGCAUGUUGAUCAUCACGGAGUCACAGAGGCAUGACAUGCAACACAAUAGCAUCGGCCUCCAGUGUGACACAAUGCGUCGGCAGCAAUAAACAAUAACAAUAGCAAAACAUUGAAAUGACUGUCUCUGUUAUACAGCGGCUGAUCUCAUCCUCUGCUCAGAGGGUAAGGAGCUCCCGCACCUUAUUGUUUUCCCAAUUCGCGGACUUUUUGCGGCCGCUGAUCUUCUUCUUUGAGUUAGUUGCUAACUGCUAUCAGGUAUUUGUUAAAUCUGUGGUGGGUUGCACACACAACGUAUCGUCAAAACCAUGAUUCCGCCCUGCCCUGUUACAGCACUGUUACUAUAUCCAAUGCCGGCUUAAAGGCGAGACAACUCUGUCCCUCCAUUUCAUGAUUGUACCUUUUUAAGGCCCUGACACACCAAGCAGAUGGUCAGUGUGGGGCCAUUGGAGAGCAUCUGUCGCCAUAGUCUUUGGGUUGUGUCCCACACCAUUGGCUCUCAUCGGCCCUUGUCAGCUUUUUUACAGCCGAUUAAGCAUUUUGAAUCAUCGUCGGAGACAGCGAUACCCCUUGGUUAAUAAAAUCACUCUGACUGGCAGUUCAGCUCAGCGCACAGAGAAACGGAAGUGAGGAAAGUAAACAACUUAAGUCAAGGGGGAGUGAGAUCGAAACAAACUUGUUACAUUAGGUGAGAUUUGUUUUCUUUACUCGCAAAGUAUUUUGCAGAAAAGUGCGUAAUUGAUUGUGUUAUUGUUCUCUAGAUCUUUCUACAUCAGGUUGUGUUGUUAAUGUCGGUCUCCCGGUUUCCCUUUUUGAAUGAUGAUCACAGACUACAGCCGUCUGCUGGUAUGAAGAGUCAUUUUCUUUCACGCAGACACACAGUGUACAUGCCGGUUGGCCGUCAGCUGUAGUCUUUGCGGUGUGCUCAUAUGCAGCAAUGUGGUCGAGACACAGGUGACAUGAGGUGACGCAACAAUCGGAUUUAAUCGCCACUAGUUCUGAUGUCGGUUUGGUGUGUCUAGGCCUCUAUAAAGAACGGUGAGGCGGCAUAAUAGUGUGAAAUUCCUGCCUUGAAGAGGCAGUGUCAAAGGGGCCAGUGUUACAUACAUUAGGGCCUGUGUCCACGUAGCGUUUUUCCUUCUGCAGAAAGGAAGUGGCAGGAUGCUGGGGAGCGCUUCAUCCCAGGGCUUCAUUAAAAAAAGGCACUCCUAGCAUUUUUUAAUUGAUGCUCUUUGUGUGGGUUUUGUUGCUAUGACAACAAUAUCUUGACAUUAACGCUAGCUAGGAAAGCUAAUGUAAUGCUGUGUGACUACACAGUUAACAAUCAUAUAACGUGAACGGUGAUAAAAGCCCAGCAGCAGCAGCAGCAGCUGCAUUCAGCCACUCUGCUCUCACGAAUGGGCUUUUCUGUCUUUGCCAUGAAAGUAGAUGGUAACCUAGCUUUAUUAAAGUCACCGGAGUUUAUAGAUUUACAACUAGUAGCGCUUGGAGCGACUGCACAGAAAAGCCAGAGCAAUCUGAAAAAAGACGCUGGGUGUGGUGCUCUUUCUCUUCUCAUUGGGAACAAUUACAAAAACACGCUGGCGUCCAGGAAAUAUGCAAAGUGGACACAGGCCUUCACAUGUUACUCACUGUAUUAUGAUUUUUAUUAUUUCGUUUUGUUGUGCAAUGUUCUGUAACAUGUCAUACACACAAAUGUUCCCAGUAAAUUGAACCACAAUUUCUCCCCAAUAAUCAUUAAACUUUCAUUUGAA